CAGGUUUUAUCAUGCAGAACUUCCACCACUGCAAGUACCUCCUGGACCAACUCAACAAGCAGCGUGAGCAGAGUAUCUUGUGUGACUGCAUUGUUGUGAUUGGCCAGUCUCACUUCAAGGCCCACAAGAAUGUCCUGGCGGCAUUUAGUGAGUACUUUGGAGCUCAGAAUGACAGCUCAAGCAUUAAUGGGGUUACUUUUCUGGACCCGAGUCAGGUGAACGAGUACAAGUUUCAAACCUUGCUGGACUUCCUUUACACUGGAGUCAUAAACAUUGAUUGUUACAAUGUGACCGAGUUGCUGCAGGCAGCCAACUACCUUAAGAUAGAGAGUCUAGUUGCCAGAUGCAUAGAAUUUUCUGAGACACACAUUGAAAGUAAGAAACAGAAGAUGGAAGAGGAGGCAACUGCAACUGCUUCUGUUGGCACUCGCCUGGCUGGUAAGCGUAGUUAUGCCUCCUCUGCAUAUAACUACUCAAAAGAAUAUGCUUCCCCACAUGCAGGUGGAGAUCAGAAAAGAUUGUCCAAAGGUCAACAUAAAAAUGGCUGCCAAAAGACUACACGAAAAAAAAUCAACAAAGUCCAAAAACUUGCAGAAAAAUCAAUAAGCAGCUAUGUUAAUCUUGUAGAAAAAAAUGAGCUGAAGAAAGACUUGCCAAGAUCAGCUAAAAUCUUAGCUUAUACCAACCACAACAUGGAACAACUAAGUCAACAGUGCAAGAACUUAGAAAGUGAUACAAUGGGCAGUGAAAGUCUUGUGGAUCAAGAUAUGAUCUCUCAGAAACCUAAUAGAAAAAGAAGCAGAGCUGGAAAAAAAAGUACUCCGAAGGAACCUUGUAAGUCAGCACCAGCCAGCAUCAAAGAAGAGAGAUGCCUGGACCCUUCUGUGGGAAGUGAGUUGAACGAGAGGCAGUCAAAGAGGAAGCCAUUGUGCAGUGCCUGUGGAAAGGUGUUCUCCGAGGCCAGUAGCUUACAGAGACACAUGCGAAUACACAAAGGUGUGAAGCCCUACAUCUGCCAGCUGUGUGGGAAAGCAUUUACACAGUGCAACCAGCUCAAGACUCACACCCGCACACAUACAGGAGAGAAGCCAUACCAUUGUGACAUUUGUAACAAAGGCUUUGCCCAGAAAUGCCAGCUGGUCUUCCAUAGCCACAUGCACCAUGGAGAAGAGAAACCGUACAAAUGUGACUUCUGUAGCCUUCAGUUUGCCACAUCCAGCAAUCUCAAAAUACACAAAAGAAUACAUAGUGGAGAAAAACCGUAUGUUUGUGAAAGAUGUGGACAAAGCUUCACUCAAGCAAGCACUUUGACAUACCAUUUACGUCGUCACACGGGAGAGAAACCUUACGUCUGUGACAUGUGUGGGAAAGCGUUCGCUGUAUCUAGUUCUCUUAUCACACAUACUCGUAAGCACACAGGAGAGAAGCCAUACAAGUGCACCACAUGUGGGAAAACCUUUUUUUCUGCAGGAGACCUUAAUAAACAUGGCAAGUCUCACAAUGGAGACAUAAACCAAACUCCUCAUUCAGCACCAGACUUCUUUCAAGAUGAGGAUAUUCUCCAGAAAGCUGUUUUGCAGGAGCUAGUAGAAUUGAAACCCAUAAACUUUUCACUCGCCAAUUUUGUUCCAAUGGCCCCAGAAGACAAGAUGCUGUUGAUGAUAACAGAAGGUUCUACUGUUUCUUCAGAUCAGCCACUUAAAAUCAAUGAUUCAGACUCAAAUUAUUUCUUUCUGAAACAUUACAAUGUGACAGAGUUUCUACAGGCAGCCAAAUACCUUAAGAUAGAUGGUCUAGUUGCAAGAUGCAAAGAAUUUUAUGAGAGACACAUUGCUAAUAACAAAUACAAGAUGGAAGUGGAGACAAUUGCAACUGCUCCUGUUGGCCCUGUUCAGGAUGAUCAGAGUACUUGUGCCCCCUUUGCACUUGACUUCUCAAAUGAAUCCACUUUUCCACAUGCAGGCGACAAUCUCAAAAGUAAGAUGCCUUCCAAAACAGAAUGUGUAUAUGGCUUCCAAAAGACACAGGCAAAAAGAAACAAACGAGUCCAAAAGCCUGCUGAACACAACAGUAAGACACACUCCAAAAAAGAAUUUGUAAAUGGCUUCGAAAAGACAAAAUCAAAAGAAAUUAAACCAGUCCAAAAACUUACAGAAAAAGCUAUUAGCAACUGUGUUAAUGAUAAUGAAACAAAUGAGCAAAUGGAAGAUUUGAUAGUGCUCACUGAGCAGAAAGAACAGUUGACAAAGUCAACAGAAGCUUUCAGUCGUAGCAAUCAUAACAGAGCAGGACUGAAGCGUCGGCAAAAAGAAUUCAAAAGUGAAUCAGUAGACAAUAAAAGUGUCUCAAGUCAGGGUGUGAUCUCACAGAAUCCAAAAAGGACAAGAAGCAGAUCUGGGAAAAAACAUGCUCUGAAAGCAGCAUCUGCGCCAGUUGCCGUCAAAAGAGAGAGAUGCCUGGACUCUUCCAUGGAAAUUGAACUGAGUGAAAGGCAGUCAAAGAGGAAGCCAUUGUGCAGUGCCUGUGGAAAGGUGUUCUCUGAGACUAGUAGCUUACAGAGACACAUGCGAAUACACAAAGGAGAGAAGCCCUACAUCUGCCAGCUGUGUGGGAAAGCAUUUACACAGUGCAACCAACUCAAGACUCACACCCGCACACACACAGGAGAGAAGCCAUACAAGUGUGAUAUUUGCAACAAAGGCUUUGCUCAGAAAUGCCAGCUGGUCUUCCAUAGCCACAUGCACCAUGGAGAAGAGAAACCAUACAAAUGUGACUUCUGUAGCCUUCAGUUUGCCACAUCAAGUAACCUGAAAAUACACACCAGAAUACAUAGUGGAGAAAAACCAUAUGUUUGUGAAAGAUGUGGACAAAGCUUUACUCAAGCAAGUACUUUGACUUAUCAUUUGCGUCGUCACACAGGAGAAAAACCUUACGUCUGUGACAUGUGCGGGAAAGCAUUUGCUGUAUCUAGUUCUCUUAUCACACAUACCCGCCAGCACACAGGAGAGAAGCCAUACACGUGCGCCACAUGUGGGAAAAACUUCUUUUCUUCAGGAGUCCUUAAAAAGCAUAUUAGGUCUCACAAAGGAGACUUAAACACACCUUACUCACCAGCAGAUAUUUUUUAUGACGAGGAUAUUCUUCAAAAAGCUGUUUUGCAGGAACUAGCAGAACUAGCAGAAUUGAAACCUGCAAAUAUUCCACCCUCCAAUUUUAUGCCAGUGGCCCCAGAAGUCAAGAUGCUUUUAAUGACAGAAGGAGCUUGUUUUAACUCUGAUCAGGCAGUGAUGUCCAGUGAUUCAAACUCAAAUUUCGUCUUUACUGAACAAGGUUGUCAUAAGACACCUGCAGUAAGUAAUCAGAUGCAUGUAUAAAUGUUCAGAAAAACACCAGGCAAGAUGGAGUAUCAUUUCAUACCCUACCUGUAUAUUUAUGCCUUCACACUAAUGUCUAGUAUUUGUAAUUCUGUAUAAUAUUAACAAAGAACAAA